AUGGAUGGAAUUCGACUAAUAGAUGAGGCCGCCCAAGAUCGGGUGCGUGCCGCGAUCGAAUUUCUUGAUCCAAGCGAUGAACGGGCGCGGAGUUAUCGAGUCGACAUUGUGGUUAUGCUGAAUAGAGGUCUGCGGCGUUUGACCGUCAGCCUCGAUGAAAUCCGAGCACACAAUCGCGAACUUUCGGAUGGUCUUUGCAUGUCCCCAUUCGAUUAUACCCAAGCUUUUGAUCAUGCCCUGAAAGAAGUGGUUAAGCGGUUACCGAACCGCCCGGAAAAGGAGAAAUUGGACGAAGUGAAUUACUACUGCGCCUACAUUGGAGCCUUUGGUGAUUUCUCAUGUAACCCUCGCACCCUCAGCUCCUCCCAUCUAAAUCGCAUGAUUUCACUCGAGGGCAUUGUCACAAAGUGCUCUCUUGUCCGCCCAAAGGUCAUCCAAAGUGUUCACUACAGCGAAAGGAAGGAUCGAUUCUUCUCAAGGAAAUAUCGUGAUCAAACCAUGACCGCCAGCGGAGCUACAAGCUUGAACGUAUAUCCUCAGGAAGAUGAAGACAAGAAUCCUCUCAUUACCGAAUACGGCUACUCCACAUACAUGGAUCACCAGUCCAUCUCAAUCCAAGAAAUGCCUGAACGAGCGCCAGCAGGGCAGCUGCCUCGAAGUGUUGAUGUGAUUCUUGACGACGAUCUCGUUGAUAAAGCCAAGCCUGGAGACAGAAUUCAACUUGUUGGCAUAUACCGUACGCUUGGAAACCGAAACGCAAGCUCCGGAUCGUCGACUUUCCGCACCGUCGUCAUGGCCAACAACAUCAUUCAACUUACCUCCAAGGGCGGCUCUGGUAUCGCUCAGGCCACUAUCACCGAUACGGACAUUCGUAACAUCAACAAAAUCGCGAAGAAAAAGAACGUCUUCGAGCUCCUGUCCCAAUCUCUUGCUCCUAGUAUUCACGGACAUGACUACAUUAAGAGGGCCAUUCUGCUGAUGUUGCUUGGUGGUAUGGAAAAGAACCUUGAGAACGGCACCCAUCUUCGUGGCGAUAUCAAUAUCCUAAUGGUGGGUGAUCCGUCUACGGCAAAGUCUCAGCUUCUUCGAUUCGUCCUGAACACAGCUCCUCUGGCGAUCGCCACGACGGGUCGUGGCUCUUCAGGUGUAGGUUUGACUGCCGCAGUCACGUCCGAUAAAGAGACAGGUGAACGUCGAUUGGAGGCCGGUGCCAUGGUCCUCGCUGACCGGGGUGUGGUGUGCAUUGACGAGUUUGACAAGAUGAGUGAUAUCGAUCGCGUGGCGAUCCACGAAGUCAUGGAGCAACAGACAGUCACCAUUGCCAAGGCUGGCAUUCACACCAGUCUGAACGCACGCUGUAGCGUUUUGGCUGCCGCAAAUCCAAUUUACGGCCAGUACGACCCCCACAAGGAUCCACACAAGAACAUCGCUCUGCCAGACUCUCUUCUGUCUCGAUUCGAUUUACUCUUCGUUGUGACCGACGACAUCGAAGAUGCGCGUGACAGAAUUGUUUCGGAGCACGUCCUGCGCAUGCAUCGUUACCGCCAACCGGGCACAGAAGAAGGUGCCCCUGUCCGUGAACAGCUCAAUCAGACCUUGGGUGUCGGCAUCGAAGAUCGAGUCGAUGCCAAUCAGCCGACAGAGGUCUUUGAAAAGUUCAACGUCAUGCUGCACGGCGGUAUGGUCAACUCGGGCCGCAAUCGCAACAAGAAUGUCGAAAUUAUUAGCAUUCCGUUCAUCAAGAAGUACAUCCAAUACGCCAAGACCCGUAUCAAGCCCGUGUUGACCAAAGGUGCGGCCGAUCAUAUCAUCGCUGCAUACUCGGCUCUUCGAAAUGACGACCUUGCCAGCACUCAGCGCCGAACCUCACCCAUCACACCCCGUACCCUUGAGACGCUGAUCCGUCUUUCCACCGCACAUGCCAAGGCCCGUCUGUCCAAUCGUGUUGAAGAGAAGGAUGCAAAGCAUGCCGAGGCCAUUCUUCGCUUCGCCAUGUUCAAGGAAAUCGUGGAAGAUACUCGCCGCAAGCGCAGAAAGGUUACAUCAUUCGAGGAGUCAGACGACGACAGUGACGAGGACAACGAUGAUGGCGAUGAUCGUACGCCCAUUAACGGCACCUCUAGCGCCACUCCCGGACGAGCAGUUGCAACGAGGUCGCGUGCUGGCGCUAGCACUGCUGGCCCAGAUGAUGAUCCGGACAGUCUCUACACUGCUAGCCCUCGCGCACAGCGGUUGCGCUCGAGUCAGACGACCCGCACACAGACGCACACCGAGUCCCAAAUGUCGGUGGCAUCCUCGCAGCCCGCGUCUCAGCUGGUGCAGUCUCAGACGGAUGAUUCACAGUCCACCUCAACAUCCUCUCAACCAAUUUCCCCGACACGCUUGGCGCUCUUCCGACAGAUUCUUGGACCACUUAUGAGAAAGCUCUUUGAUGACACUGAAAUGAUGAAUGUGGACGAGUUGAUCGAUGCGGUCAAUGAAGGUGUGCGGACUUCGUCCCAGCAUGGAGCCGGUCAAGUCUUCUCACGAUCUGAGGCUCUACAAGCCUUGAAGCACUUGAAUGAUGAGAACAAGAUUAUGUAA